UAAAAGAUUUUUGUAGAAUGUUAAUAAUUCUUGUACUCGUGUUUCUCUCAGUGUUGCUUCCAGGAGCUCAGGGAUUUAUGAUCACAGUAGAUGCCCACGAGACGGCUUGCUUCUAUGAUCGCGCACAUGAGAAGGACAAGAUCACGAUUCGAUUUGAGGUGAUGGAGGGCGGCUUUAAGGAUAUUGCAGUGCACAUCUCGGAUCCCAAUGAUGGCAUACUCUUCCAGUCGGAGUCAGAGUCUAGUGGCAGCUAUACCUUUGCGGCUAAUCAGAAUGGACGUUACAUGCUGUGUUUCGACAACGAACGAUCCUCGUUGACUCCGAAGGUCCUGAUGUUUCACUUUACGGUGAUCAAGGAUCUCAUCUACUACAGCGAUCCGGAUAAACGCAGCGACGACGUCAUCGAGCAGUCCAUUCUGCAGGAGAACAUCAACACCUUGUCCAGCCAAAUGUUGGCCAUCAAACAUGAACAGGAGUACAUGCAUGUCCGUUACAUUGGACACGAGAAGAUCAGUCAGAGUGUCCACUUUCGCAUUGUGGCCUGGUCCAUCUUUGGACCCUCAUUGCUUCUGCUAAUGACCAUACUGGAGAUCUAUUAUCUGAAGCGUUUCUUUGAGGUUAGACGAGUGGUUUAAAUGUUCAUUAAAUAAAGAAUUGACUGCUGGACCAAGAUGAACA